AUGGCCGGGGUCAGGGUCGAGCUGCUGCUGCUGGUCGUGACUGGGGCUUCGCUGCUGGUUUCGGUCCGGGGAUGGGAGCGGAUCAACGAAACUCAGCUUCUUCAUUUCUACCAGACAGGGCAGUGGGGCGACGCACAGAGCGCCACAACGCCAGAUCACAGCAGUGAGUAUGACUACGGUGAAGAUACACCUCCUGAGGAUGUAGUCCCUGAAGUUGAAGCUGCCGCCACCGGUGAUGACUUCAACCCUUUCACUGACCACAGAUUUGACGAAGUAGACUCUGGUUCAAGAAACUGGGCCAGCAGUACUGAAGGUGGGUUCCAGGUGGAAUUUGAAGAUGCCCCUCCGAGGAGCUGGACCAGCGGUACAGAUGGUGGAUUCCAGAUGGAAUUUGUCGAUGUGUCUCCAAGGACCUGGACCGGUGGUGCCAGUUCCACUGAGCUAGAUGUGGAUUGCAGUCAAGCUGGCUUUGAAAUAACUCUGCCGAUGGGUCCGUUAAAUGAAAUGAAAGUUUUGGGCACGAAAGAUUUGCUGUCUGUCGUGGAUGCUCCAGCAUCUUGUGGUUAUAAUGUGAACUCUUUCAAGAACACUCUGACUGUACCCUUCACUGGGUGCAAUGUGAAGCAUACUGACAGCUACAGCCUGCAGUUGUUGUAUGUCGAUGAGUUUGGUCAAAUGAGAGUUGCCACUGCGUCUUGUGAAGGAAGUGAAGGAAAGCUUGACCCUGGCCUGUUCCCUCGCUCCAGUGGCCAGCCCAAGUCAAAGUGCAACUACGACUCACCAUCAAAGGCACAGAACUGUGCUGUAACUGCCGGGGAACGGGUGACUUGUGGCAAUUCAGGAAUAUCUUCCUCAGACUGUGAGAAGAUGGGAUGCUGUGUGGAUUCUUCUACAUCUGCUUGCUACUACCCACUGGAUGAGUGCACUGGAGAUCAACACUUUGUGUUCACCAUUCGCUCCAACUCUGCAACCAUCCCUGUGGACCCCACCAAACUUGUUAUUCCUGGGAGUCCAAACUGUAAACCAGUCAUUGCUAAUGACAAGGUUGCCAUCUUUAAGUUUAAAGUUACAGAAUGUGGAGCUCGUGCCUAUGACGUUGGAGAGACGAAGAUCUACCUGGCUGAAGUGCAGACUAUUGUUCAAGCUCUGAACCUAAAGUAUGGCAUCAUUACACGACGUGAUCCACUCAGGUUCAUGGUUGAAUGCCGCUACAGUAAAACCGGGGCUGCUCAGCAGUCACUGGCGAGUGUUGCGUACAUGGUCAAGACCCCAUCUUCCAGCUUGCCAUCAGAGGUCGUCUCCAACGGUUUAUACGCUGUUGAACUGAGGAUUGCUAAAGAUCAGACUUAUUCAAGCUUCUUGCCCUCUUACCAUCAGCCCUUGCGACUGCUUCUUGGCAAUCCAGUCUACCUUGAGUUGUACCUGAAAUCUCCAAAACCAGAUGCAGUGAUUCUUGUCAACUACUGUAUAGCUUACCCUCGCUCUGCAAAGAAUGCUCUGGUGCUUGUUUAUGAAGGAUGUGCCAACCCUAACGAUCAAAAUGUGUCCAUCCUUCAAGUGAGUGACCUUCCCAAAAAUCGCUACCAGAGGCGCUUCACGGUCAAGGCCUUCCAGUUUAUGGAUCAGAAGACAAACAAAUACCUUGAUGAAGAAAUCUACUUCAUGUGCUCUGCAGAAGUUUGUAGGCCGACAGAAAAGAUGUGUGAGGAACGGUGCUUUGAUGGAAAGGCACCAUAA